CACUCCUCAGGUACUCCCAAGAUUCAGGUUUACUCCCGUCACCCGGCGGAGAAUGAGAAGCCAAAUUUCUUGAACUGCUAUGUGUCCGGGUUCCACCCACCACAGAUUGAAAUUGAUUUGCUGAAGAACGGGCAGAAGAUGAAAGCGGAGCAGUCUGACCUGUCUUUCAGCAAGGACUGGUCUUUCUAUCUCCUGGUGCACACUAACUUCACGCCCAACGCAAGAGAUGAGUACAGCUGCCGCGUGAAUCAUGUGACUCUCCAGGAACCCAAGAUAGUUAAGUGGGAUCGAGACCAGUAAGCAGCAGCAUGGAGGUUUGAAGAUGUCUCUUUUGGAUUGGACUAAUUCCAAAUUCUGUUUUCUUGCUUUUUAAUACUAAUAUACUUUCAGGCUUUAUGUGCAUAAAUCAGACAUUAUACUGAUGUUAUCACAAAUACCACUUUAUGUCUCCAUGUUUGACUUGUCUGCUGGAGCUGUAUUGGGGGCGCUGGUAGCUUAGAGGUGCAGAGGAGGAAAUUCCAUGUAUAACAUCAACAUCUGCAUCAAAUCUGAACUCUUCUGUCUCUUCUGCACACAAAACUGGAUAAUAAGAUAGUUAUGCAUGUUUAGAGGAAACCUUCAAUUUAUAAUUGUGCUUAGAAUUUUGGGAAAAUUUUUAAAGAUAUUUAUCAGAAUUAUGGAAAUUUGUGAUAGUGGGUGAAACAUUCUGCCAUAUAAAAUUCAUAUUUACCUCUUACAUGUGUCAGAGUGCAAUAUGGUUGUGCCUAUGUUGAUUAUAUUUUUGUUUCACUAAAAAAAAAAUGGUAAAACACGUUCAGCUUCUCAGAGGAACAAUAGCUAACUUCUCAAUGUCAGUGGGAUCCAGAACACAGUAGAAAGUGAUCAUGAAUGUGGUGACACAACUGCCUGCUUAGAAUUCCAUGCACAACAAAAAUAUCUUUCAAAAAUGACUGCAAAUUGACACUUUAGAUGAAAACUGAGAUCAGCACCAGUCAGAUCCUCAUUAAAGGAGAUUCUAAAUGAUACACCUUACGCAGAGGGAAGGCCUACAAUGUGAGAAGUGAACAGCAAGGGAAAUGUAUCAAUUCUCUGUAAAAAGAAAGAAGCCUGCAUACUUAAGUGUAAUGAAUGCCAGUGUAGUAAAAACCAAACAAACAAAGAAAAAACCCACAACAAUUAUGUAAGUAUAGGGCAAGUGAUGUUAAAGUCCAUUCAGUGGACUUCUGUUACCCAGAAGGGUAAAGUUAUACACUUUUUUGGUAAUUUAAACAUGUACAUUAUAUUUCCUAGGGUAUCCUCUUAA